CAGCGGCGUGCAUUAAUUCAGGCAGCCAAACAACGCUUCAGGAGCAGCAAAAUAAUAACAACAAACACAUAGUUAAAAUGUGAAUAACAAAAAGUUAUCCUUUUUUAUGCGAUUUGGUUUCAUUAUUAAAUUAAAGGCUACUUAUAUAGAAUUUAGUAUACAAAAGAUUGGUGCGAAAAAUGGUCGAAGCAUAAAAUUAGCGGAGUGCGGAAAGGAAAUCUAGUGCAGAAAAAGAGAAUUUCAAACGCAGUUCUUGUAUUCCGUAGAAUUAUUAUAUAGCCGAUAUUUAUGCAUAAUAAAAAGGAGAUUGAAUACAUUGAAGUGUUGAAGGGUUGUUACCAAAUCCCAUCAACACGGUUGUCAAGAGAGGAGAUGAAUUAUCUAAUGCAAUAGAAACCAAAAAAAAAUCAAAGUAAUUGGAAUAAAGUGCUUGAAAUACAAAUAAAAUAUUAAAAGUUCAAACAGAAGCCUUACUUAAAUACAUAUAUAAUUUGCAAACGCAAUUAUCAGUCGCAAUGGCAGUUCAGUUAAAUCCGUACAAUAUUCCAAAUAUGAAUGUUCCACUCACCAUAACGCCUAUAAUACCUGCCUUAAAAGAUCUAUCGGUUUCGGCGGCGCCACCGUCAAAACCAGAUCAGCGGCCACCGCAACCGGAUUUGACAUUUCAUUGCAUGUGCUGUCCGGCAUAUUUUGUAAAUCCUUAUAUCCUAUACCAGCACAUGAACAGCAAACAUCCACUACCACCCGAGGCUGAAGAAGAUAAUAAAACAGCAUCAGACGAUGAUGAUCAAGAUUACAGUUGGGUACUCGAGCCAGUUUGCGAAAUAGUAGAUAUGGGCGGCGAGGAUGGCAAUGAUUCGGAUAGUGAUUCCGACUCUGACGACGAUUCAUCAAGCAGUUCAUCGCAGAGUUCGAGUAGUAGCUCAUCAACCGUAAGCGCCUCCAAUUCAAAUUCUAAUACUCAAGAUGGCAUAUCGAAUGAUGAGCAGGGCGAUGGCGAUGAGGAUACUACGCGUAUGACUGUGGUGAGCACCAAUGCAGUGCCACCUGCAAUUUAUGAGGAAAUUGUUGGUGGCGAGUCAACAAGUUCCUUGAGUACCGCUAGUGACUCGGAUUUUCCAAUGUUCAAAUUAAAGACUGCAGAUCCGCGUGAAUCUACUUCGAUUAUAUUGCUUAAUCCGCGUCCAGCGGAUAUUGCAGAUACAACACAAGAGAUACAAAAGAAUACGACUAUAAAACCUGUGUUGGUGAAGCCGGGCAGAGGUAGACGUAGCGCUGCACAGAAUGCUCAGCUCGCUGCUCUAACCAAUGGUGAUCAGAAGUGCUUUCAAUGCGCACACUGUGAGGCAUCCUUUCAAAAUGCAGGUGAUCUUUCAAAGCAUGUGCGUUGUCACAUCACCAACAAGCCAUUUCAGUGUGCCAUCUGUGAGAAGACUUUUACGCACAUCGGUAGUUUGAAUACCCAUAUUCGGAUACAUAGCGGAGAGAAACCAUAUAAAUGCGAGCUGUGUCCAAAGGCUUUCACCCAGUCAAGCAGUCUAAUGGUGCACGUUCGCUCUCAUUCCAUUCGAAAACCUCAUCAAUGCCAUUUGUGCGACAAAGGUUUUAUAAACUCAAGUUCUCUUGUGUUGCAUCUGAAGUCUCAUGAUGAUACGGAAGUCUUCAAUUGCCCCGACUGCGACAAAUCUUUCAAACAGGAAGACUUGCUCGAGAAGCAUCUGCAAAUGCAUACACAGCAACUUGUCUAUCAGUGCUCAAUCUGCCGUGAAGCUUUCCGUACAUCCUCCGAGUUAGUUCAGCAUAUGAAGUGUCACAUGGGUGAAAAACCCUUCACCUGUUCCAUAUGUGACCGUUCUUUCACACAAUCGGGCAGUCUUGGCAUACACAUGCGCAUUCAUACCGGCGAACGACCAUUCCAAUGCAAGCUGUGCGAUAAAGCCUUCACCCAAGCAUCCAGUCUGAGUGUGCAUAUGAAAAUUCAUACGGGUGAAAAGGCAUAUCCCUGCCACAUAUGCGGGAAAUCAUAUAGCCAACAAGCGUAUCUAAACAAACAUGUACAAGCUCACUUGACAGCUGGACAAACUGCGACGUCGUUGAAUGUGGUCAAUAAUUAUCCGUUUACAACUGCAUCCUUGCCCUCGCAGGAAACUUUAGUUUGUAUAGUUUGCGGUGCCUUGCACAAGGAUGUCAGCUCUUUGGCGUUACACGUCACGCAAAAGCAUGCUGUGUUGCUGAAUAAUAGUGUUGGCAACGCCGCAGCACAAAUGCAAAUACCGUCGGGUAAUGUGAGCGAAGAGGAUCGUCGAUUGCAGGAGCAACAGUAUAUGCAACAACUGCAAUUGAUGCUGCGCACCGCGAAUGGCGGUGUAUUGCCACAAAUUGCCAUGGAUGUGGAUAUGGUAGAUGGCGAAGAAGAUGCAGACAACGAAGAAGAGGAAACCGGCAGCUUUGAACCAGAUGGAGAUUAUGGACAUAAUGCAAAGAUGGAGGACUUGGAUAUAAAGCAGGAAUUCGAUACAGAAUCCUUCGACGACUACGGCGCUGAGGAAGAAGUGGAAACUGAAGAAUGAAUUAAAAUGCAUUAUUGGCAAUAGUCAUAUUAUAUAGUAGAAGGAAUGAGUUAUAGCCCACGUGAAAAUUUUUUUAUUGAUUAUUCAUACUAUGUAAUAUAUAUUAUUACGUUGGGCCAUUUAAUUCUACUCAAAUCUAUUUAACAUGAAAAUGUGCAUCUGCUUUGACAUUAUUUUACCUGCACUAAUUCAGUAUUGUUUAUAUUUUAUAAUUCUUUACCUGUGCAUGAUUUUAGGGAUAAUAAAAUUUUUGCUUGAUUAUA